AUGCCGUACUUAGUCAGUGCUAAAGAUGCAAACACAGGAGAUAAGCUGUCAAUGGAAGAUGUCGUGGACGCGGCUGGACAUCUCCGUUUUGAUCCGGAAGAACUCGUAUUGAAAAUUGAGAACCGCAUGCCUCCCGUGGAACAUCAAAGAGGACAGCAGAACAUGGACUUGAUGAACCUUUCACACACCAACAAGUUCCAUAGCGUCGAACUUGAUGGGUACUGGCACAGAUUUGACGAUUCGGAUAUCCUUCGAUCUAGUGCCCGGAGAUCCCACACUCUUAUAUUGGGAAACGCCGUGAUAUCUGAUCUUGUCCUUAUUCUGCAGGACGAUCAAACAAUCCAAAAUCUAAAAACACUGGAAUAUUUCGAGAACGACGUGAACCGAGAAUCCUUUAUCAGCUACGAAGGUGAAGGUCGACGGGUGGUGGAGACUCUUGCUAGUGAGUUGAAACAACUCGCUCAGUUGCAAAAACUGGCAUUUCACAACAUACCAAUAAGCAUCCAGACGUUGUAUUCAGCUUUGAAUGACAACGACUACGGCUCGGGCUUGAAAUGCGACGUAAAGAAACUUUGUUUGCAUCGUUGUGAAAUUGCAAUGAUGCAAAAGACAAAUGUCGAGUCAGAGAUUCUUGCUUCGUCGUUUGGAUUAAGAAUUAUACUGCCACCAAACAUGAACCUGGUUCCAGGAAAUGCAGAAAAGGAACAAUCUAUUUGGACGGACAGCCGUGAUGACCCAGAGGCCAAAUGGGUCAAGAAUACUACUGUGACGGAAUUGCACUGGAGUGGAACAAACGACAAGCGGUGGGAUUGGGAAUGGCCUCCAUUCGCAGUGGUCGGCGCGUUGCUUGAUGGCUUCGCCAACCUGAAAAGAUUGACUCUGGAGCGUUGCGGUUUGCACAAACUGGACGGAUUGAUCCCGUACCUGUCUGCGGAGGAUUGCAAACUUGAAUGUUUGGACGUCCAAUACAACGAUCUCGAUUGUGAAGCAAUGAUGGAUUUUUUUUUCGUUUGA